AUGGGCAUCAAGAUACCAUCCGAUCUUAUAGUGUUUGGACCUAUUUUGCUCGGCAGUAUUUUGGCAGUAAUAUUAUACAGUGUAUGGAGGGCCAAGAGAAGCGCCAAACCCGCCGACGAGGAGAGCGCAUCGGACACUUCCGAGGAUCUCGAAGAGCAAGAUCCUCCUGCUUAUCAGCCGCAAGGUCAGUGGUUUGGCCAAGCGGGCUUCGGAAUCCCGGCUUCCUUCUGGCCCCAGUUUCCACCUCCUGUCGCACCACGUCAGAAGUUGGCCUCAAAAGGCAACAACGUCUGGCUGCAUUGUAAUGAGCUCUACAAUAUCUCGACGCAAGACAUCGAGACGUACAUGUGUAUCAAGUCUCAGCUUCCAAGGGAUGUGCCGCGCGUGGCAGGCUGGUCGCUCGUCACUCGUCGCUGGUCGCUCGUCGCUGGUCGCUCGUCGCUCGCUGUGAUUUGCGUGCCACCGCAUGGCUGA